CGGCGCGCCGGGCCGGAGUGGCGGGUGGCUCUGGGACCGGGGAAGCGGGAGAACAAGCGGGAGCCCGACCGGGAUGAGAAGGUGACGCCGCCCGAGGGCGCCACUCGCUUUGUGGGGGGAAGAUGCUGGCCUACUGCGUGCAAGAUGCCACGGUGGUGGACGUGGAGAAGCGGAGGAACCCCUCCAAGCACUACGUAUACAUCAUCAAUGUGACCUGGUCCGACUCCACGUCCCAGACCAUCUACCGGAGGUACAGCAAGUUCUUUGACCUGCAGAUGCAGCUUUUGGAUAAGUUUCCCAUCGAAGGUGGCCAGAAGGACCCCAAGCAGAGAAUCAUCCCCUUCCUUCCAGGCAAAAUCCUCUUCCGGAGAAGCCACAUCCGGGACGUAGCUGUGAAGAGGCUGAAGCCCAUUGACGAGUACUGCCGGGCACUUGUUCGGCUGCCUCCCCACAUAUCACAGUGUGAGGAAGUCUUUCGGUUCUUUGAGGCCCGACCAGAGGAUGUCAACCCCCCAAAAGAGGAUUAUGGCAGUUCCAAGAGGAAAUCAGUGUGGCUCUCCAGCUGGGCUGAGUCUCCCAGGAAGGACGUGACAGGUGCCGACACCAACGCCGAGCCCAUGAUCCUGGAACAGUACGUGGUGGUGUCCAACUAUAAGAAGCAGGAAAACUCGGAGCUGAGCCUCCAGGCCGGGGAGGUGGUGGAUGUCAUCGAGAAGAACGAGAGCGGCUGGUGGUUCGUGAGCACCUCUGAGGAGCAGGGCUGGGUCCCUGCCACCUACCUGGAGGCCCAGAAUGGUACUCGGGAUGACUCAGACAUCAACACGUCCAAGACUGGGGAAGUGUCCAAGAGACGCAAGGCCCAUCUGCGGCGUCUGGAUCGCCGGUGGACGCUGGGCGGGAUGGUCAACAGGCAGCACAGCCGAGAGGAGAAGUACGUCACCGUGCAGCCUUACACCAGCCAAAGCAAGGACGAGAUUGGCUUUGAGAAGGGUGUCACUGUGGAAGUGAUCCGGAAGAAUCUGGAGGGCUGGUGGUACAUCAGGUACCUGGGCAAAGAGGGCUGGGCGCCAGCCUCUUAUCUGAAGAAGGCCAAGGACGACCUGCCCGCACGCAAGAAAAACCUAGCAGGCCCAGUGGAGAUCAUCGGGAACAUCAUGGAGAUCAGCAACCUGCUGAACAAGAAGGCGUCAGGGGAUAAGGAGACUCCGCCGGCCGAAGGCGAGGGUCCUGAGGCCCCCAUCACCAAGAAGGAGAUCAGCCUGCCCAUCCUCUGUAAUGCUUCCAAUGGCAGCGCCCUGGGCGUCCCUGAGAGGAGCGUCUCCAAGCUGGCCCAGGGCUCGCCAGCCGUGGCCAGGAUUGCCCCUCAGAGGGCCCAGAUCAGCUCCCCGAACCUAAGGACAAGGCCUCCGCCUCGCAGAGAAUCCAGCCUGGGGUUCCAGCUGCCGAAGCCGCCAGAGCCCCCUUCUGUUGAGGUGGAGUAUUACACCAUUGCCGAAUUCCAGUCGUGCAUCUCUGAUGGCAUCAGCUUUCGGGGCGGGCAGAAGGCGGAGGUCAUCGAUAAGAACUCUGGCGGCUGGUGGUACGUGCAGAUCGGUGAGAAGGAGGGCUGGGCCCCCGCAUCGUACAUCGACAAGCGCAAGAAGCCCAACCUGAGCCGCCGGACCAGCACGCUGACCAGGCCCAAGGUACCCCCCCCUGCGCCCCCCAGCAAGCCCAAGGAGGCUGAGGAGGGCCCUGCAGGCUCUGUGGAGAGCCAGGACUCCCCACUGAAGCUCAAGUAUGAGGAGCCCGAGUAUGACAUCCCCGCCUUUGGCUUCGACUCAGAGCCAGAGCUGAGCGAGGAGCCCACGGAGGACAGUGGCUCAGGAGACAGGCGGCCCAGCCAGGCCCACAGGCCCUCACCUGCCUCCUCGCUGCAGCGGGCCCGCUUUCGGGUGGGCGGCUCUUCAGAGGACGUGGCGCCAGAGGAGGAGACCAUCUACGAGAACGAAGGCUUCCGGCCGUGUGCGGAGGACGCCCUGUCAGCCAGACGCUCCUCCCGGGACAGCCAGUCCCCGGGGGGCUCCCCUCUAUCCCUGGCCAGGAAAAACUCCCCCAGAUCGGGCUCCCCCAAGUCGUCCUCCCUCCUGAAGCUCAAGGCGGAGAAGAAUGCCCAGGCGGAGCUAGGGAAGAACCACUCCUCGGCCUCCUUCUCCUCCUCCAUCACCAUCAACACCACCUGUUCCUCCUCCUCCUCUUCCUCCUCCUUGUCCAAGAACAGCGGGGACCUGAAGCCCCGUUCCGCCUCGGACGCAGGCAUCCGUGGCACCCCCCCAGUCGGGCCAAAGCGGGAUGCCGACCUGAAGGCGGGGCUGACCUCGUGUGCCCGGGCCAAGCCGUCAGUCCGGCCCAAGCCGUUCCUGAACCGAGCAGAGUCCCAGAGUCAGGAGAAGAUGGACAUCAGCACUUUACGGCGUCAGCUGAGGCCUACGGGCCAGCUCCGCGGUGGUCUCAAGGGCUCAAAGAGCGAGGAUUCAGAGCUGCCCCCCCAGACGGCUUUUGAAGGUCCCAGUGAGGGCUCCCGAAGAGGCUCUGCUGACCUCAUUACCCCCCCAGCCGCCACACCCCCGUGUCCCACCAAGAAGGGACCGGAAGGGCAGGCCACCUCCUACACAACGUGUAGUGCCUACCAGAAAGUCCAGGACUCGGAGAUCAGCUUCCCCGCAGGCGUGGAGGUCCAGGUGCUCGAGAAGCUGGAAAGCGGCUGGUGGUACGUGAGGUUUGGGGAGCUGGAGGGCUGGGCCCCUUCCCACUAUCUGGUGCUCGGCGAGAACGAGCAGCCCGACCCCGCUGGCAAAGAGCCAGACACGGUAGGCCCCAAAAACAAGCAGCACGAGGGCAAGUCCGACAGCCUGGAGAAGAUCGAGAAGCGGGUCCAAGCGUUGAACACCGUCAACCAGAACAAGAGGGCGACGCCGCCCGUCCCCUCCAAGCCCCCCGGGGGGUUCAGCAAGACCUCCGCUGCCAGCGCCGUGAAGCUGAGGAACGGUGUGCGGCAGGUGGCUGUGAGGCCUCAGUCGGUGUUCGUGUCCCCGCCCCCCAAGGACAAUAACCUGUCCUGUGCCCUGCGGAGGAAUGAGUCGCUCACGGCCACCGACGGGCUCCGAGGAGUCCGCCGGAACUCCUCCUUCAGCACCGCACGCUCGGCCGCUGCAGAGGCCAAGGCCCGCCUGCCCGAACGGGCUGCCAGCCAGGGCUCGGACACGCCCCUGCUGCCCGGCCAGCGCCACGGCAUCCCCGUGUCCCCUGUGCGCCCCAAGCCCAUCGAGAAGUCCCACUUCAUCCACAACAACCUCAAAGACGUAUAUGUCUCCAUCGCGGACUAUGAGGGGGAUGAGGAGACGGCGGGCUUCCAGGAGGGUGUGUCCAUGGAGGUCCUGGAGAGGAACCCCAACGGCUGGUGGUACUGCCAGAUCCUGGAUGGGGCAAAGCCCUUCAAAGGCUGGGUGCCCUCCAACUACCUGGAGAAAAAGAACUAAUGGUGGGGGGUGGGCAGGGGUCCAUCCAGCCUGGGUGUGGAUGAGUGGCGGGAUGAAGACAAAGGGGAAAGGGAAAGUGGGAGGGGGUGGGGGAGGACGUUAAACCCUGCAGAAUGCGUGAGCUCUGCCAUGCUCCCUUCCGGGCUG